UGUCUCCCCCCCCUCCCCCCCCCCCACUCCUCUCCUUCUUCCCCUGUUUACAAACCAAUGCCAUUUCUUACAUUAACAUGUGGAAAUCAUAAGGAUGUAUUGUAGCACGCCAGCCUAAUAGUUGCAGCAGCAUUGCACAGGAGAUACUGGUUCCAUGAUUGAGACCAACAAUCUCAAGCUGAAUGAACCAAGAGCAACAGUUCAUGUCUGUAGAGUCUGAUGUACAGGAGGGUAGAGCUGUAGGUUGUGUGCCCUGUGUCGAGUUAUGUUUUGAACGUCGUUUUGAUGAUGCGUGGAGCAACGCGUUGCUGAGUCAAGUGUUGUGAAAGGUGGAGUGUGUGUGCCGAUGCUAUCCCCUUAUGGAUGGAUACGUUCCUGUAGGGCUGAUUAAAAGAUUUCGAGUAUGAUGAGGAGCGGAGCUUUUUAUAUAUUUUUUCUGGUUUUCAGUGAUUGUAAGAGUGACAGAAUUUGUUCUUCUUGGAGGUCGCUAAAUUUGUCUUUCCGAGUGUAAUACACUUCUCUUCGUGGCCUUUCAAUAGGAGUCUACAGUGGUGUUGUGUGAUAAGUUCAACCUUUCUCUGUGCUCCUACGCAUAGGUAUUUGGUGCAUCCCUUCACAUUCCACCAAGAUUCCAGAAGGUAUGGUAGACAACGUAGCACCAGAGGUGGGCCUGGUCCUCAGGCACAAGAUGCAAACGUGUAUUAUACCAGAGUAGAGCUUCUGAAACCAGGGUGGAAGUGCAAUUUGUGUUGACUGUAAGAGGCUGGAUGCACACUCAAACAGCUGUGAAGGUCACAUUUUCGGCACUCCAACGUGUGGAAUCGAUUGUAUCAGGAGGAUUGGAUAGGAAGAAUUACUCUGUCGCUGAAUAUUAGCAGCAUGAGCGAAUUCCUAUCUCAGCAUUCAAUUGUACUCAAUCUAACAUUCCUCCACGUCUACUUGAAAUAUCAAUGAAUUUCACCAGGAAUCUUUUCGCUUCACAGUAAACGAUCUGGUGUUUUAUUGUUCACAAGAAGAAGGAAGCGAAGUGACGAACUGACCAUUCUCUUUCUUGAGGACGUGCAGUAUGUUAGAGUGCACUGCGCCACAAAGUGUUUGCGCAGACGAAAACGGUUUUUUCAUUGCCUGUGAUCUGAUGAAAUCUUCUCAGUAAUUAACCCUUUCAUAUCCUCCCAGUUAUAGCGGGGUUCGUCGCAAUGCCAGUAUCUGGAGACCUUCUCAAAGUCUUGGCGGAAGACCCCAAGGCAUUGGAACACCAGCUCGGCUGCAUGACAGGACUCUUCCAAAUCUUCGACCGCCAAGGCCUUGGCCGCCGCUACGGCUCCAAGCGUGUCAGCAAUGCUGCCAGUGGGCAAUCGCAACCCACAUCGGCCUGCGAGACGCCGCGCCUUGACCGCAGCAGCAACCCGUAUUGGAUGUUUGAGGACGACUCGUCGCAGAGAAUUUCUGGUGACAGCUUCGAUCGCCCCAAAGGCACUGCUCCAGAGGGCACACGAGAACACCAUCACAGGGCCUACUCUGACAGCAGUGAAAUAUUCACUAAAUCCUUCGAGACACCUACGGAAAGUAGAACUUCACCCGAUGAGAAAUCUCAGCUCGACAAUUCCCCGAUGCAUUCCGAGGAGAGCGUGGAAGGGCAUGCAUUUUACUGCAACGAUCCAAUUCGCGAGAGCACCCUUAACUCCGCCUCCUCCAAGAAUCCCAACCGUGAUCGCGUCCUUGAGUGCAAGAGGCUUACUGUUGCGACAUCAACUCGCGCAAAUUUUGAGCCAAAAGCUGACGGCUCGGACAUCCGCGAUGUAGUGCGCGCUUCCUUCAACUGGGAUCAACGAGCGCGAGAGGAUUUAGCGAGCUCCCGAGACAAGCCGCGGUUGUCUGUCGAUGAGCGUCACAACCAAAGCCAUAGCCACGGCUUUCUGAAGAGUUUGCCCAGGUCUUCUUCUGUUGACGGGAUAGACAGGCUACGGUUAUCAGUGGACGGUAGGUUAGACACUGGAGGAGCACGUCAGAAACAAGCUGAUUUACCUCGGUCUACCUCUGUGGGUGGGCGAGGAGCUGCGCGGAUGAUCACCGAUUGGAAGGAUGGACUUCGAAACUCGGGUGGGUCGCCGCGGCUGAAUGUUAAGGAGAAGGAUCUGCUCAAGCAGCAGAGCUCGGAGCAGCUUCCAAGGAUUCCGAUAUCAAAGCACCAAAAUGCGGGUGAAGGGCGAGACGCGAUCCGAUUGACGGUGGAAUUGAAAGAAGGUCCCCGGUUGUCGGUGUCGGGAGACGAUCGACGGACGUCUGUAGAUGGGAAGGUGUCGGUAUCCCCACGGCUAAUUGGCCGUUCCCGAGGUACCUGCGAUCUCUCCUUGGCACGUCCAGAUUUCAAGGACUCCCUCCAUGCUACGGAAGCCAAGGAGCUUCUGCGAACCCCUCAGAAAGGUGGACCGAAAGAGGGCCAUCGAUUCUCCGUGGAUGGCACUCGAGACGCGUCGCGCGCGUGCAUUGUCCCAAGGUUGUCCGUCGACGGUCGCGACCUGGCAAAUACAGGUAUGCUUGUGCCGCGCAAGCUGAAGCUGGACAAACUCGAUCGGACAGAGCUGAAGGAGAGCAUUGAAAUCACGCAGUUCUACCGGCAGUCGUCCGGGAGGGAAAGUUCAGACGCCGGCAAGCGCCCCAAGGCAUCAAAUGUGAUUGCUCGGUUGAUGGGAUUAGACGAGUUGCCAAGCUCCAAGGAGCUGCCAUUGGGUGUGAAACGUGCUGUAGAGAGAAGCUGCACGAACGAGGCUGAUCUGCUAUUCCAGGAGUUUUUGAAGUGCCAUCCACUACAAGGGGGCUCUCCACCUCCCCCGCCAUCUCCUCCUGAUGACUACGACUACGCGCACCGAUCCUCUGACCAUGAAGACUACCACAGCCGUCAUUGGAAAGAAAAUGCAUCUUGCCAUCCGGAUUUUCGGCAAGUUGAAGAUCCUUAUUCUCUAAGGCAGGCCCAUUUCUCUACUCCUAAGGUCCAAUUUUCCGAACCGAAAAUUCCGAAUGCGGCACAUCAGCCCAUCAUUUCACCUGCAAAAAACGAGAGUUCAGUAGUUCGCUCGGCCGUUGUUGUCAAGCAGUCUGUUGAGGAUAGCUACAUCUCCAAAUCGAAGAGUGAUGAAUUGGAUCCCAAGGAGCAAUGCCAAGUGCGGAAGUCACCUCAAGGAAGGAGAUCGCUGUGGCAUAUCUUUGAGGCCAUGCAGCUCAAGGGUGUGUUUUAUAGCUCUUCUCGUCGGAAGAAUGCAGAGGCUUUGAGGGUACAAAGUCUGAAGAUGACGGAGGAGGCAGAGUACCACGAGACGAGGGCUAGGUCACAGUCCCUUCCUCCUCGCUGUUCAGCCCGGAUGGAUCUGGAUCACCAGGACCCUCCCAAAGUUAGCCUAGCAACUGCCAAUCCUCGAGGUGUGGAGCAGAAGGACUCUGAGUUUCACCAAGGUCAGAAAGCUUGUGCUUUGGAAGCAGAUGAAGUGUCGCCCGAGGUAGUGAAACCCAUUAUCACCAGGUCUGCGUCUUACAAGUCGCAGGCUCAAUCCUUAGCUGCUCCGACUGAACCAGCUAUGGUGGUGUCCAGCAAGGUGGUCGAAGGAGCGUAUAAUUCCAAUAAAGAAAUCCUUCCCCAAAACAUGAGGAGUGGAUUGAGCAAGGAUGCUUAUAAUCAGAGGGUGGUUUUCAACGAGAUGUCCCUGAAGGCUCCAGUGCAGGAGCCCUCGCUGGGCCAAGUACCUUCAAAUAGCAUUGCAAUUCUUCGCCAGGCCAGGAAAGAGCGUUGCGCAGCUCGCACGUCAAAGUCUUAUUCAGAUCUUUCACAGAGUGGGCGAGAUUCGUCAAGUCCAAGAGGUCCUCGAGCUACCAUAUCGAUGCAGGAGAAGUCUGCUCGGUCUGGUUCCCUUCGACUAGAUUCGGCCAGUUCCAUAUCCCCCAGAUGUCCCCCUGGCAGCUUGGAAGCCGCAAACCGUUCAGUGGAUGCAGGUAAAGUGCGUAGGAAAGCAUUUGUUGGGAAGGAAGUAGAGACAAAAGCUACCCUUGCAAACUUUAGAGCCAACGCAACAAAGCAAGAGUUUCUCAAGGGGAGGGCGAGUGGUGAUCCGGAUACCCCUAGACCAUUUCGGCGAAGUGGCUCGGAGAGCAAGAUUCCUUCCAAAAUUGCAGAGAAACCUAUCGCUGUUGACAUUCCAGCUCCGAAACCAUCACGCGAUAAGGUGUCUUCUAAUGUGAAUUUGAGAUCGAAGAGGCCCGUUUCUAAAGUUUACAAGUCGCCUACGAAGACUCGUCCCACAAAUCUUGAUGUGAACGUUAAAUCCGUCGUCGCAGAAACUACCUUUGCAAAAGAUCAACCGUUUCAGACAUCACGUGCAAAUAGGCCAACAUCCUUAAGCAAGAGUGUUCCAGGAUCAACUCAAGAACAGAAGCCUGGAGUUCAGAUUGCUCGGGAAAGAAGUUUAAUGUCGGAGAUCGUGCGGGCUACUCCUGGUGGAGCUUUAGACCACAGCGGAGAUACAACUCCUUCAAAUGAAAGAGAACAUACGGUAGGGUCCAAGACCCGAGAGAAGAUAAUAGAGAUCGAUGAGGUGGUGAAAACACCUCGUGGUGUUUCAAUUAAGAAGAUUGACUUCUCUGAGGAUGCUCAACCUGACGCUGCUGAGCAACCGAGUCCAGUUUCUGUAUUGGAUAACUCCCAUUUUGAUGAGGAGCUGACGCCGAGUCCCAAAGCGGGCAAGUCCAGUGUUGUCACCCUUCCAGAUCAAUUAAGUCCACAGGAUGACAGACUCUGGAACUCUGCAAGGUUUUUGGAUCUUGACCUCGAAAACACACCCCUUCCAGCUUUGCAAAAUGUUCCAGACGCAAAUGACCUCCAAUCAAAAUUGAAGACUGUAUCCGCAGUGGACACUGAUUCAAACGUUCAAGAUCAACAUAUUCCGAUGCCAACAAACGUUUUCAAAAACCAAAACAGGUUUCUUGCUUGUAUGAGGGAUGCGGAUGCAGAGAGAAUAUAUGUGGAAGAUCUUGUGAAAGCUUCUGAGCUUAAAGGUAGAUGCGAUACCUCUGGCUUCUUCAACAGUUCCACGGGCUAUGUACUGGACCUCGACAUCUUCGACGAAUUAGAGACAAAACGAAGUCGUUUUGAGAGUGACGAGCGAGAUAUACUGGACCGGCGUGUUCUCUUCGAUUGUGUCAACGAGGUGCUGGAAAAGUUGCUGGAGACUCAACUAGAUUGCAUGCAAUUGACUAGGCUAGUCAAGCCAAGGUUGCGGAAGAGGCCUACGGGGAUGCAACUCUUAAAAGAAGUAUUUGCCGAGCUGCUAGACAUUCCGUGUGCAGCCUCAGAGGAUGUUUGUGACACAGUAUAUGUAAUCCUACAGAAGGAUUUGGUGAGAGGGCGAGGACAGCAGUGGUCGGAUUACAACAAGGAGCUCGAAGAUGUUGGCAUUACGGUGGAGAAAAUGAUUGUUAAGGAUCUUAUAGAAGAGACAGUGCGGGAUCUAAGUGCUUGCUGUAGGCAAAACCCACUCUCAGUGGUGGAGUCCAGUAGGAGACAACUGUUUGCCUGAUUAUUUUUUGUAUAGUUAAAUGCCUGUACAUUUGACACUCCAUUUACCAUAUCCACAACACUUGUAUGUUAGACUCCUAUUUGGGUAA